GCCCGGCCAUGUGCAUGGCUGCAUGACUACUUCACUAGAACCUGCGGCCUAUAUAGACUAAGAGUGUAUGAAAUCGAGUCCAUUCCUGCAGUCGUAUUUCUCUCGUGCACGUCAUCAUGCUGGAAGAAAUCGCUGCGGCGACGGCCUAUAUCGCAGCACUUGCACAAGACACAUCAUCAAGCUUCGCUUGGACGCAAGCGGCAUCAGAUGCGUUCAGGUCCACCUUGGCCACGUCCCUAACCCGGCGCUACCUCAACAUCUGGCACCCGGAAGAGCCUGACCGUGGCUCAGCUGCACGCGCGCUCUUUUGGCACGCUGAUGGUUCGAGUGAUGGGUCGGAUGAAGCCAUUCAGCAGGCUUGCCGUGCCGCUGUCACCGCAGCACAAUCGCCAAUAUCCGCACUGCAGCAGCUAUUACCUACGGCCUUCAUCAUUUGGGUCGAUCCCGGCUGCGUGUCCAUGCGCAAAGAUUGCAAAAGCGCCGUACCAUUCGCUGCGUCUAACGGCGAAUUCAAGGUUAUUUGGGGCAAUCUGCCGUCAAAAGCCAUUCGUUCCACCCCUGCGCCCGUCAAGCUAUGCAGCAGCGAUGACCGCAACCUCACCAUGCUCCGUUCGCACGAGCGACCGUCCAGCCUUUGUACCGCAUCAGCUGCACGUACGCGCACGAACACGUCUAGCUCAUCGAAUCACAGCCAUUCCCCCGCCGACCUGAUGACACCGCGCAGCCUUUCGAACGGCAGCUCCUGCGUCAGCAGUCCUUUCUCAGAGCCCCUUUCGGCGUACACGACCAGCAGUCUUAGCAGUUACUCUGGAAGCAGCGACGAUGAAGACGCAGCCAGUAGCCUUUGUGGAUUCAGCGAUAUAUCGGCUGACGAUGACGAGCUUGUCGAAUGUGCCAACUCGCUCGGUCUGCUCAACUUUAUGAGUGACGACUCAAUGGACCAAGCAGGCGACGUCACCGUAACCCCUGCCAACCCACAGCAGCUUGCUAUCUCCUCUGUGCUCGCAACAGCCAAUGGCGCUUUCAAAGCCACACUUGCGCCACCCGGUUACGUCGCUGUCAUGACGCGUGCUGCGUCUGCCCCUUUGCCACAAGGUACGAAGAAAGAGACUGUGCAGAUCUACGACAAAGGCAAUGUGUCCGUUGUCAGCGGCGGCGUCAAGCUUGGAAUGGCGAAGCCAAUCACAAAGCAACCCUCGCUUUCCAAUAUCUCUGGACAGCGCAAUAGUCAUGGUGGAAAGGCGUCCUUGAGCAUGCAGCAGGGAUGGACCCUACCCCAGUCGUCCCCCAAGUACCCUGCCUUGCCGCUGCCUUAUGGCAUGCGCCCUGCGAUGCAAGAUGGUACCGCCAGCUUCUACAAGGCUGCAGCUGCUGCGUUCGGCUCGGGAGAGAGCUUAGCUGGCGAACAAGCCGUUGGAAGCUUCACCGAUUGGAGCACCAUCCAACAGCAAUUGGAGGAGCAGCAAGGCGACAAGAAGGCGCGCGCUCGAGGCAGGCGUUCGCGAGGUCGCGGUGCAGGCCGAGCGCUCCGCCGCCAGCGAGCUGCAGCACUGCGCGCUCUGACCGAAGCGGAGGCCGAAGUCCAGAAUCCCAUGAAUGCCGCUGCGCUCAUGUACAACAUCACGGCUGGUGCGAGCAGCAGCGGCAGUGGUACGAGCAGUGGCUCGCUCGUGAGCAACGCCUCGCAGGGCUCCCUUUCUGGCUCGAACUAUGGUGCUUGUGCAGCACCGGCCUACAUGCAACCUGGGUUUCAAGCUCAUUUGGAGAAUCUUGCACGUCAGCAUCUGCAGCGCCAGGCACAGAACCACCCGGGCCCGCAUCAGACGCUUCAUUUGGCACCAGUCCAGAGCACAAACAAGCAUCCUUUUAAUCUGCAUCCAAUCCAACAGCAUCAUCAAUCCCCAGCGUCCUUUGCCAGCAUUUCAUUACCUAUUAAGUACCCGGUUACCUUCAACGAGGAUCAGCAUCAGUGCCAUCAGCGCCAGGAUAGCGGCAACAUCCUUCCUUUUGUCACCCCUGCGCUUGCCAAGAUCAAUGGUGUCUUCCCUUCUUACCUUCAUCAGCAGCAGCAAGCGCCGCAUCUUCUUCCUUUGCAGCAGCACAUGCUCCAGUAUCAGUAUCAGCAGCACCAACACCGGCAUCAGCACCAGCAUCAGCACCAGUAUCCGCAUCAGCAUCCUCAUCAUGCGAGGACGUGGUUGCAGUCGCAAAAUCAGCCUCCCCAUCUGGGUGCAGUGCCGAGCUUUGCCUAAUUCACACCGCCUAGCAGCGGCCGCCUGUGGAAGGGGCAAUACAGCCUUCCGUCGCAAUAUGACUUCGCUUCGCUUCAACUC